AUGUAUUUAAAAUGCAUGAUAAUAUUAAUCAAAUUGUUUUUCGUUCAGUCUAUCGCAGCACAGUGCUUGCAAUUUGGAGAAUGUGACUGCCAGAGAAUCUCAAAUCGACAACACUCGAAUGACAUAUUAAUGCUAACAAAUACAGUUGAAGACGGAAGACGCGUAGUACACGACAACAAUAAUCAUAUUAAAAUCAAUUUCCCGGAAUAUUUAUUGCGAAGACUUAUAACGAAGAUAAAUUCUAUGGCCAAUGAUAGCGGCAAUAUUAAAACCAUCGGUUCUGAUAUAGCAGUGAUUAAUGAACCUUAUAUAAACAGCUAUAGAGAUGCUAUUGAACCUAGCGAUAUGAGUUCGUUAAGUCGUUUCGUAAAGCAAACUGAAGUAACAGAUAAAGGAAUACCUAAAGUAACACAAAAUCAAUACGAUAAUGAACGCCUAAUCCUUAAUAGUUUGAGAGAAAACAAUUAUAAUAAUGUUAAUAAUGGUAAUAACAGAGUUUCAAAUGAAAAUAUUCAAGCUAGUUUUUUGAAUGCAAUCCCAGAAUAUUCCAAGCUGUUUAUCACAAAUUACGAAUUAAACGGAAAACCAAAUGUCAAUCAACAGAUUUUGGGACCAAACAAUCAUAAUAACGAUCCUUUGAAUUACGUUCCAAGUGUUAAUACUCCAUUUGUAAAUUACGUAGAAAACAGCAAUAGAGUUCCUACAGAAUUCCAGCGAAAUUACAACGAUUUAACUGGCAAGCUGAUAAUCGAUGCUUCAGCUGGCAACAAACCAGUGUAUGAUGUACCAGCUACUGGAAUGGCUGUUGCAAACGAAGCCGUAAUUAUGAAUAGUAAAAAUCUGACUCCAAUGCUUGGAAAUUUUAAGUAUCAACCCCUUAAUUUUGAUGACACAUUCAACAACGCACAUAACAGUCCGCGUUACAUAAAAGAUAUAUCAAAUAUGAACGUCAAUUUCAUACCUAACAUAUUUUUGGAGACUGCAGAUGAAUCAAGCAUAUUUGAUGAAUCGAGUCUAAUGAAUACGCCUCACAUCAACACGUUGAAUUUGGGCAAGUAUGGAAGUUUGCCGAUCAUAAAUGGACUCCCGGUUGCUGGUAUAACCGAAACAGUGACAUUACUAAAUGCUUUGUAA